CAUGAGGCGUCCAAGAUUUGGAAGUCAAGAGCGGGAAGGCGCCACGAUCCCGCCUACUGUGCGGAGGAAUCAGCAAGUCUCCCAGCUCCACCCCCGCAGCAGUGAUGCAAAGAGGACAAACACCGACGUGGGGAGAGGAAAAAAAAUAAAAACUCCAAGGAGCGGGGAGUAGGCAACCAGCAGUCUUCCGCCACUAGAGCCAGAGGGAGCUAAUCCUGAGGAAACAAGCACCGCAUAAAUACUUGAGCUGGGAACCCAGUGCUUCCAGAAGCUCGGAGCGCACUUUCCCGACUUCGCUAAAGUUGAAAAAAGGCAGAGCGGGGAGAGGGGCCGGCUCACCCGGCUGGGAGUUGCUCGCUAGGCAGGCGGGACGCAGCUCCGGGAGACGACCGCGGGAGGGUUCGCAGAGCUCGGCUAGCGGCUAGCGCGCGGAGGAGGCGAGGACGGUGCGCUCGGGGCGAGGAGCCCAAGUCCUGAGAGGCGGGGAGGGAGCGACCCACGAGAGCUGGGGCUCCGAGGAAGGCGAGUAGGCGCUGCCUAGACAGCAUGAGUUUCUCCACCGGCCCAGAGGCGGGCCACUCGGGCAACUCCAGCCCAUGGUGGCCUCUGGUCACCGACGGUGCCAACGCGAGCCAGGAGACCGAACCCUCUGGAGAAGGUAACGGCCCGCCAAAGGACUUGCGCAACGAGGAGCUAGCCAAACUGGAGAUCGCCGUGCUGGCGGUGACCUUCGCGGUGGCCGUGCUGGGCAACAGCAGCGUGCUGCUGGCUCUGCACCGGACGCCACGCAAGACGUCCCGCAUGCACCUCUUCAUCCGACACCUCAGCCUGGCCGACCUGGCCGUCGCCUUCUUCCAGGUGCUGCCGCAGAUGUGCUGGGACAUCACCUACCGCUUCCGCGGCCCCGACUGGCUGUGCCGCGUGGUGAAGCACCUGCAGGUGUUCGGCAUGUUUGCGUCUGCCUACAUGCUGGUCGUCAUGACUGCAGACCGCUACAUCGCCGUGUGCCACCCGCUCAAGACUCUACAACAGCCCGCGCGCCGCUCCCGCCUCAUGAUAGCGGCCGCCUGGGUGCUGAGCUUCGUGCUGAGCACGCCACAGUACUUCGUCUUCUCCAUGAUCGAGGUGAACAAUGUCACCAAGGCCCGCGACUGCUGGGCCACCUUCAUCCAGCCCUGGGGUCCCCGUGCCUACGUGACCUGGAUGACGGGCGGCAUCUUCGUGGCGCCCGUGGUCAUCUUGGGUACCUGCUACGGCUUCAUCUGCUACAACAUCUGGCGCAACGUCCGCGGGAAGACCGCGUCGCGCCAGAGCAAGGGCGCAGAGCAAGCAGGUGGUGCCUUCCAAAAGGGGUUCCUGCUCGCGCCCUGUGUCAGCAGCGUGAAGUCCAUUUCCCGCGCCAAGAUCCGCACGGUGAAGAUGACUUUUGUGAUCGUGACAGCUUACAUCGUCUGCUGGGCACCUUUUUUCAUCAUCCAGAUGUGGUCUGUCUGGGAUGCCAAGUCCAUCUGGACCGAAUCGGAAAACCCUACCAUCACCAUCACUGCAUUACUGGCCUCCUUGAAUAGCUGCUGCAAUCCCUGGAUAUACAUGUUUUUUAGUGGCCAUCUCCUUCAAGACUGUAUUCGAAGCUUCCUGUGCUGCCAAAACUUGAAGGAAAAAUUCAACAAAGAAGAAACUGACAGUAUGAGCAGGAAACCGACUUUUUACUCUAACAACCGAAGCCCAACAAACAGUACGGGUACAUGGAAGGACUCACCUAAAUCUUCCAAGUCCAUCAAAUUCAUUCCUGUUUCAACUUGAGUCUUGAGUUUAUGCAACUUGACCCUUGUGAUUGACUUUUUGGCCCAUUAGCUGAAUUGAGCUAGAAAUCACAAGAAAAAAUGUACUUUAUUGAUAUAACUAUAGAUCAAUUCACUGGGAACAAGGGUGUAUUUCUAGUUGCAUUUUCACCUUGCUACCAAAAACUAUACAUUAUUUUAUACGGAAUAUUAAUGAAAACAUGCUGCACCAAAAUGUGCAGGUCCAACUCCUGGAAAUAUAACAGAAGUUAUAUUUUUAAAGGAAAAAGCAUAACCACCCUAGCUUUAUAUUUUGUUAUUGGUGUCUUUUAUUUUCAUUUCUAAUGUAAAUAAGACGAUUGGUUUAAAAGUCAUAUAAUGUACAGCACUGGUUCUGAACAAAAAGAGCGCAUCAUCAGCUUUAGUACUCAGAGAAAACAUCAGAGAAAUUAUGUUUUCAUCCAAUAAAAUUAAAUUGUGCAUCAGAAAAUGCAGCCUUAAACGGUGUCCUGGAGAUGAGUUGGCACCUCCAAGAGGCACGAGUAUCUGGGCAUAAUGAGCAGGAGGUGGCCAGUGCAGAAUGAAAGGGGAAAGUUCUAUUAGAAACUAUCAAUUACCCUGAAUUUCAAAAUGGUAACUUUACAACCGGCGGUGCCCUCCUUUCGGUUCUUCACAUAUUAUUGGUCAAGGAAAGCACGAUUACUAAGAUGCUGAAGGUGAAAGGAAAUGUUGACUGGCCAAAAAUAUCUUUUUUUCCCUAUUGUGAGGUUGAUUUAUAGUCAGAUUUGUAUGAGGUAAGCUAGAUUUUAUUAAAAGAGUGGAAAAGGAUUGCUUAAGGUACUCUGUAGACUUUCUCUUGAACUUGGUAACCAUAUGUUGAUCAGUGUUAUAAGGGUAUUCUGUGCUAUGUUGGAUAGGAACAAGAUCACCUUCAUGUUUGGUGAAUUCAGAUUCAUAGUAUGAGUAUCCUAAAGAGUGACUCAGGAUAUAAAGUGCCCUCAUAUGUUUAAUUAAAAGUAGCUUUGUCUUUCCAAUCUCUCACUCAUCUAACACUUGCAAAGCAGAGAUGAGACAGGGUUCGGACAUAAGUGACAGAUGGAAAGAGAACUGCUCUGUGCCCAGACUGGCUUCCUUCAUUAUUAAAUGCUUGACUUUAGGCAAGUUUCUUAAACACAUAUAAAGCCUCUGUUUUUUUGACUUACAAUGGGGUUAAUAACACUUACCUCACGGGGUUGUUGUGAGGAUUAAAUGAAAUCAAAUAUGUAAAAAGAGCUUCAUAAAUAGUAAAGUACUAUACACAUGCUAGCAGUUGCUUUUAUUAUAGCCUUGGGAUCUCCAAAAUUGCACAGAUGUUUUCCAGUUUAUUUUUCAUUAACUAGAAUUGGUUCAUUUCAUGGCUGGCAUAUACAAUUCUAAAAUUUAAAUAUAGAUCUGCUGAUUCAUUGGACAGCAUUUCCAGUGACCACUCAGCUUGGCUUCUCCUGCCUGACUAAAGUUUUCCAAUUUAAAGAUAGAACUUGCUUUUCUUUGAAUGCAGGUAGAUCAAAGCCAGCUAUGAGCAUCAAUUUUUUUCAUUUUUAAACAGAGAUCAAUUACACCACUUUGCUGUUAUUACAUUUUUCAUUAAUGAAACUCAGUGGUUUUUCUUCCUAGCUAUUUUGUCUGGCUUCUUCUUCUUAGAGAUCAUGCAAUGAUUUGAGGAUACAUCAUAAAUAUUUUGCAUCCCUGAGAGGAAGUAAUAGUUGCUUUUAAUAGUAUUAUUUAGUUUCUUUUUUUAACUUUGUAGAUAAGAAAAUGAGAACUGGAUGGCACUGUGAGAACCUGGAAGCAAAAUCUUCACUCCUCUUCAUUCUCCUGCCUUUCGAAAUUCUCAGCCCUUUGGCUCCCUGUAUUGAUAUGCCUAAAAAAAAAUGUUUCCAAAUGCUUUAUAGAGAUUAGCCCCCUAGGUUUUCAAAUUCUUUUCUUCAAAAGUAACAAAUCUGUCUUUUAAAGGGUACUGUCCAAUAUAAGCCAUCAACUAAAUUAAUUAAAUUAUUGUUUGACUUAGAACAGUAUUUCAGUAACCAGGGACUCUAAGACUGUCAGUGCUUUUGACAACUCUUUGAAAGUUCAAAAACUAAAGCCUUUUGGUUUGGAACUAAGAUAAACCCAUUUUUUUCUAACUCCAUUUCCAAAGUAAGAACCUCAGAACCUAUAGACCCUGCUUCAAAGUGUUGAUAUGUACCCCCAAGCAAAACAAUUCAAUUUCAAUGUUAUUUCUGAGAACAGCUCUCAAAUAAAGUUCAUAUCAAUCUACCCAGCUGUAUUUUCUCCUUUUAAAUGUAUUGAGAGGUGAGAUAGAGAAAGUGGGCUGGAGAGACACGAGAUCUGGGUGCCAGUUCUGCACCAGGCAAAUAUGUGAUCUUAUUCUCUGUGGUUUAGGCUGAGAAGUUUCAUCUGUCUGGUUGCUAAAUUUUCUCAAUGUUAUGUACCCAGAAAUGGCAUUCACAUAUCUCAAAACAAUAUUUCAAAUGGGAAGGAAACUACCUGCCUGUCUAUUUCAGAAGAAGGGAAACUGAAAAAGUAUUCCGGGAAGGGAAGUUUCCCUUUUCUUGACCAAAGAGAAGACCUGAGAUAUUAUGCCAAAAUGACAGCUUACAGUCAAGAAAAGAUGUGUUGCAGUACCUUAUUUUAUUUUUUACUGUUAGCAGUGGGAAGAUCCUGCAAUAACACAAUUUUAAUACCUCUAUGUGAUUAUUAGGAACGUCAUACAUAAAAAAUAUCCAUAAAUGGGGGAAACCAGUCUAUAGGGCAUUUGAUGAAUAUUAACUGAUGAUGGUAAAGAAACAAUUUAGAGUGCAUUAUUAAGUGCUUAAUGGGUUAAUUUUGGAGUAUAUAUUUUAAGGUGUAAAACUACCAGGCUUUUAUUUUGAAAUUUCAUUUGGAACACAGUUAUGAAGGAAAUUCGUGAAAUUCUUGGGUUAAUUAUAUACUUGUUCUACAUAUAGAAUGUCCAUCAUCAUCCAAGAAGUCUUAUGCCAUGAUUGAGAGAAGGGUGUGGUUUUACAGAAAAAAUACUAAGCAGUCUUAAUGAUACACAGGACUCUGCCAAGCUUACUACAGUUUCCAGAAUGGACAACCACUAAUGAUUAAGAAAAACAACUUUCAUCUGUUAUUACACAAGUUAAAAAAACCCAAUUAAGUUUGAUGUCUUUCAGACUCUAAAGCCUAUAUUUUUGUAACUUAAUUGGACUUUUGGAGUGUUAAAUUAUGGCUUCAGAGUUUGACUCUACCUAAAAUAUAGUUAGAUGCCAAUUAGGGAGAAAUUAAACCUAAUCCUUCACCCAAAUAUCAGAGAUUAGACAAACCUAUGUUAAUUGGAGCCUUAUGGAUAUUCACAUAGGAGGCAAUAGCUUUAUUUUAGAGUAAGCCCAGGACAGGGCUGUCUGGGAUGCUAGCUCUGGAAGUGCAGAAGCAGCCAUUGUAUCCCUGCCCAGCCCCUCCGUGCACCCUUUUGGUACCACUCAGUGUCAUUGGCAACAUUUGGAAUCAUAAGUAACAGAGGACCUUAAGUAUUAGAGAAUGACUGUUGAUGAGAAUUGGACCUCAGCCAAUGUGAGCCAAAAUUUAAAAACUAUUCAAAGGAGUUUCUUUCUUCUGAGUACCUAAGACAGUGUAAAUGGUUCAAAUCACACAAAUUGUACGGUUCCACUGUAUACAUAAGCAUUUUAAGAAUAUUGUUUUAACAUAAUUAUUAGGCAUACUAAAUUACAAUAAAUGAAAAUGUAUAUGUGACCUGUAGUAUGUCAUAUAUUACUAUGGCUAAAUAUUAAAUGCCCUUUUUUAUGUAUUUGUGUAUGUAUAUACCCACAUUUUUACAUUGAUUUAUAUUCUAAAUAAUAAUUAAAACAAAAUAUUAUAGAAUGAAUAAAAUAUUUUUGUGUUCCAGGGUUAAAUUGUUGAUAACAAAUUCAGGAAAGAAAAUCUGAGGAUAAAUUUGAUUUAAAUACCUGAAGAAUUAUUAUUAAUAUAAAAUAAUAUUUUCACACAUGAAGGUAGUUGUCUUCAUACUACAGAAUUUCUGACUUAAAUAUCUUCUAUAAUAUUUUAAUUCACUACCAUAACAUGAACUAAGAAUUAUUGUUACAUCUUUACUAUUCCAUUUUUUGGAACUGUUUUUCAAAUGUUCUAUAUCCUCUCGCUUAUUAUGCUAUGUAAAAUAAUUUCAGUGUGUUUUUCCCGGGCCAAUUCAAAUGAUUCUUGUUUUGAGUGGGUGCUAAAAUGUUUUGCGAUAAUAUCUAAUAUUUGGUCCUUUACAGAAAAAAUGGCUUGUGAUACUAUUUGAAAUAACUAGUGUAUUUUUCCUUAAUUUUACUGUGUGUUGGCUUGUUUCUAUAAAUAAAAAUAAGUUU